AAUGAUGGUGCAACAAUCUUGGAGCAAAUGGAUGUUGAUAAUCAGAUUGCAAAGCUGAUGGUUGAACUAUCACGGAGUCAGGAUUAUGAAAUUGGUGACGGAACAACUGGUGUUGUUGUCAUGGCUGGUGCACUUUUGGAGCAGGCUGAAAGAUUGUUAGAACGGGGGAUCCAUCCCAUUCGGGUUGCAGAGGGCUAUGAAAUGGCUUCUAGAAUAGCCGUUGAACAUUUGGAGCGUAUAGCUCAGAAGUUUGAUUUUUCAGUGACAAAUAUAGAGCCCUUGGUUCAAACUUGCAUGACCACUUUAUCCUCAAAGAUUGUGAAUAGGUGCAAACACAAUUUAGCUGAGAUUGCUGUGAAAGCAGUUCUUGCUGUUGCAGAUUUGGAAAGGAAAGAUGUUAAUCUAGAUUUAAUUAAAGUGGAGGGAAAAGUAGGUGGAAAGUUGGAAGAUACAGAACUAAUUUAUGGAAUUGUUGUUGACAAGGAUAUUAGUCAUCCGCAGAUGCCAAAGCAAAUUGAAGAUGCCAAAAUUGCUAUAUUGACAUGCCCUUUUGAGCCACCCAAGCCAAAAACUAAACAUAAGGUGGAUAUUGAUACAGUUGAGAAGUUCCAGACUUUACGUCAGCAAGAGCAAAAGUAUUUUGAUGACAUGGUCCAAAAAUGCAAGGAUGUGGGUGCUACCUUGGUUAUCUGCCAGUGGGGGUUUGAUGAUGAGGCAAAUCAUUUAUUAAUGCACAGAAACUUGCCUGCUGUCAGAUGGGUUGGUGGCGUAGAGAUGGAACUAAUAGCAAUAGCCACAGGUGGAAGAAUUGUGCCAAGGUUCCAGGAGUUGACACCAGAGAAGCUGGGCAAGGCUGGCUUGGUCCGAGAAAAGUCUUUUGGUACAACAAAAGAUCGUAUGAUAUACAUUGAGCAUUGUGCAAAUUCAAGGGCUGUCACCAUAUUUAUUCGUGGAGGUAACAAAAUGAUGAUAGAGGAGACAAAGCGAAGUCUCCAUGAUGCACUUUGUGUGGCUAGGAAUCUCAUUCGCAACAAUUCUAUUGUAUAUGGCGGUGGAUCAGCCGAAAUUUCUUGUUCAAUUGCUGUUGACACAGCUGCAGACAGAUACCCAGGUGUUGAGCAGUAUGCUAUCAGGGCCUUUGGAGAAGCUUUAGAUUCUAUUCCAAUGGCCCUUGCGGAGAAUAGUGGUUUGCAGCCUAUUGAGACUCUAUCAGCUGUUAAAUCUCAGCAAAUUAAAGAGAACAAUCCAUAUCAUGGAAUUGAUUGCAAUGAUGUUGGCACUAAUGACAUGCGUGAGCAAAAUGUUUUUGAGACUCUUAUUGGGAAGCAGCAGCAGAUCCUGCUGGCAACACAAGUUGUCAAGAUGAUUUUAAAGAUUGACGAUGUAAUCUCCCCAUCUGAAUACUGAAGUCUGGCGAGGUUCUUUUCGUAGCUCUGGUUCAACAAAAUUGAACUUCGAUGUUUGUGGCUUGGUGUGGCUUACGGUUAAGGACAAUGAUGGAAUCUGUAUUAGAAAUUUUGAUAAUUUUUUGUGGUUUAUUUGAUCUCUGUUAUGAUUACACUUUUAUGGGAAGUGUGGUAGUUGGUUUUGUCUGUCACACUAUUUGAUAAAUAGUUAAUGCUUUCCUUAUCUAUGUAGUUUAUUUGAAUGUUGGUUGGAAAACAAUGUAAAAUCUCAGGAUUAUUUGGGGAUGAAUUUUAGUGAAA